AUGUCGAAUCGAUACGCAGCGCCGCCGAGCCGCGGCGCAAACGGAUACGGCAACUUUGGCAGGCCCGAAGAGGAAUAUGACUCGUACGGUGGUGACCCUAGACACAACGGCCGGGGCGAACGAUACAAUCCGCCGUCGUCGCAAGGGCCCCCUCCACCGCGAGGCGAGCGCGGCGAGAGGGUCGGCAGUAGCGGUGGCCCGCCGUCGGUGGUGCGUAGCAUGCCCUCGCGGCCGCGGAUGACGCAGUCGACGGCGGACCGGCAGAUUACGCAGGUGCUGGAGCAUAUCCGGGUCGAGUGGCCGUCGCUGUGUAGCGAGGACUGCGUCCCCGUGCAGCUGGCGCUUCAGCUGCUCGACGCGAGCUCCGUGGGCCGUGCGCACGACUACCGCAGGUUCCAGGACACGCAUGCUUACCUGCAGGACUCGCUUAAGAACACGGUGCACGAGCACCACCAGGGCUUCAACUCGUCCAUUGGCACCUUUCACAAGAUCCAGAGCAGCAUCCAGGGCUCGCAGCGACGCGUGCGCGCUCUCAAAGAGUCGCUGGCCAGCGCCACGUCCAGCCUCUGCUCAACCGAUCCCGGGCUCAGAAAACUGUCCGAGACUUCCGCGACGUAUGAUGACCUGCUGCAGACGCUCAACGAGCUAGAUGACUUGCGGGCGGUGCCUGAUCAGCUCGAGGCGCGCAUAUCGGAGAAGCGGUUCCUGGCGGCGGUGGAUGUGCUUCAGAAUGCGCUGAGAAAGCUCCGGCGGCCGGAACUCGACGAUAUUGGCGCGCUCAAUGACCUGCGGAGCUAUCUGGUGAACCAGGAAACGGCGCUCAUGGAAAUUCUGGUGGAAGAAUUACACGAGCACCUCUAUCUUAAGUCGCCCUAUUGUCAAGAGCGCUGGCAGAGUCUUUACAAGACGCAGGGCGCUUUCACGGAUGAAUUCACGGAUACAGACUCGAAUUUACCAUUUCACAGCAUCCUGGACAGUAUGGACAUUGAAAAGGCAGUGACGGAGGAUCCCAUGAAGAACCCCGAGGCCGAUACUUUUUACUACAUUGCCCUGCUGGUUGAAGCGCUAAACAAGCUUGGCCGACUGCAAAAUGCCGUCGAAUCGCUGAAGCAGCGAAUGCCUGUUGAGCUUUUCGCCAUUGCCAACGAGACCAACAACGAAGUUGAUCAGCGCCACCCCAGCUCACUGCGAGGAGGAACAACAAAGCCAGAGGGUCUCAACAUUUACAACUCUCGUGAGACACAGAUGCGCGCCGAAGUAAUUCAUGACUUGCUAUGGAGUCUUUUUGCUAAAUUUGAAGCUAUUGGCGAAGGUCACCGAGUUUUCCACGAGUCGAUCAAGGCCUUGAUUCGGCGUGAAGGAGCAGGCAACAACAGUGCGCUGCUGGGAAGCUUCAAGGAGCUCUGGAAUCUGUAUCAAAAUGAGAUUCGGUCGUUGUUGCGCAAUUAUGUCACAACUGAUGCAGACGUGUUCCAGUUUGACUCGCCAAACCCUGGGGGGUCGCUCAACAACAAAAAAGACUCGACGCGCGAACACCUGUUCAAAUUCGCCGAGAUUGAUACCAAGUCGAUCGACAUCAGCACCGAGUAUGACGCUCUAGAAGGCAUUGUGCAGGCCACGGUGCCUGGACUGACUGGCAAUGAUCGCAAGCACGGUGUGGAUAAACGGCGGGACAGGCUGGGCCUUGAUGAAGCAGGUGCACGCCGACACACUUUCGGCGGCUACUCGAGCGAAAGCAAGCUUCUGGGCACUCACAAACCCUUGGUCGAGCCUAGCGUAUUCAACAUGAGUCUGCUUCUACCACCAACACUCCUCUUCCUGCAACGCCUUCGUACGAUUGUACCGCCGGGCUCUGACCUUGCGACAAGUACACUUACGACGUUUCUGGACAACUUUUUGGUUAAUGUCUUUCAGCCGCAGCUGGACGAGACGCUCACUAAGCUCAGCGACAGCAUCCUGGCAGAGAUGGAUUCGUUUGCGCAAGAUGCAAACUGGGGCCAACACUCAAAGUUGCCAAUAUUCAAAGGAACCACGUCAUUUUUCCAAAUUGUCACGGCGUUUUGCAGAAUGCUGGGCACGAUUCCACCCGAUCAGGCUCUCAGCUCACUGCUAGUGACACAGAUGAUGCGAUAUUAUGAGCGAUGUUUUGACUGGUACAAGCUGCUCGUGACCAAAACACAAGAGCAAACAAACGACGCUAGCAAUCUACGUGCGUCGGCGCGAUUCGCAGUACAGCCUGGGGAGAUCCACGAAGUCAUGAAGCAGAUGUGGCUGUCGGAGGAAGAGGACAAGGCGCUGGGCGAAAAGGAGAUUCAUCUGUUGAUCGAGCACACCAACGAGACACGGCUGGAGCCAAAUGAUAUUAUACAAGAUAGAGAGACGAUUACGUCGCUGUGUCUGCUUUAUACGAGUAUGAAGUGGCUGGCGACGAGGAUCACGGGCCUACGACACAUCACCGCGCACGAGACGGACUCUUCACGCCAGAGCAUGACGCGACAGGCAAACAGACGCUGGACGUUGAUGAACGAUGCCCAUAAAGCGGCGAACGAUGCCGGCCCCGUUGUGUUACCGCUCACCGUGGACACUGUACAGACGUUUGACAGCAUAGUGUCGUCGUACGAAGAGCUGGCGGGAACGGCGCUACUGACGCUGCACAUGGAAGUGCGGUGCCGCAUCGUGCACUCGCUACGCAACGUGCUGUCGCCCGAUAUGGCGACUUAUUUACUGGAGCAGGAGGUGCGAGAGCCAGACCCGGCGAUUUUGAGCCUGAACCUGGAGCUGGUCACUUUUGACGAAACGAUUGCGCGGUACCUGCGAGCCAAGGAGAUUUCGUUUCUGCGAACGGGGCUAGGUUUGCUCACCAACGCGUACCUGGUGGGCAACGCGGGCAUGGCGUCGCCCAUCAACGCCAAGGGCAGCAGGCGGAUGCAGCUCAAUAUCUUGGUGCUGCAGCAGAACCUCAAGAAUGUCGAGCAGGGCGUGGACUUGGCGCGGGCGGCCAACUACUACGCGCUGCUGGACCGCGGGGCGGAGGCGGUGCUGGAGAAGGCGCAGGAGGACAGGGACAAGAAGAUGGGAGAGGAGGCGGGCGCGGCGCAGGCGAGCAACACGUUUACGUACGAGGAGCUCAAGGUGCUGCUGGAGCUGUGCUUCAGCGAGCAGGUGGCGAGCCCGGACAGGGGACUGGCGGCGGCGGCGAAGAGGCAGCUGGCGGAUAAGCUACAAGAGUUUAGCGAGAAGGCGUGA